GAUACGCUAUUCUUUCUUUCAUAUUUCUCCUUCUUCUACAAUUCAUCGUCCUAUCAAAGUCAACUCAACCUUAAUUCAACUUUCCUUUUCCUUCCAUUUCCCAAUCCCAAACACAUAGCAUUCUCUUCAAUCUUUUUUCUUUUUUUGAGAAAACUACCACUCUUUGCUUCUCCCAUCAACAAUCUUUGCCCCACGAUUCUCCCAUCUCCAAUAUUCCUCUUUUCUUUUUUCUUUCUUUUUUAUUUCCUCCACAAACAAACACAGUUAUGUGCAACUCACCAACAUGUUUUAACCCCUCUCUCUCUCUCUCUCUUUCCAACACUCUUCCGAAGUUGUACCAAAAAAAUUAACACUCCUCAGAAGUUAGAAAGGAAAAAAAAAACAAAUAUUUUUUUGUUAUCUUUUCUCCUCCUCCUUCCAUUCCCAAAUAUCAGAUCUUUCCAUUUCCAUUUUCAUUUUAAUUUCUCUCUCUCUUCUUAAAUUAAAAAAUUUCAUGAGAUUCUUCUUAUUAUUCUCUACAUAUAAAUCACAGCUCAAUUCACUCGUUUAAGCCCUGCCCACAAUUUUCUUUUAUCAAAUUUCCAAUCUUUUCACAGCGCUGCAGCAAAAAUUCUCGUUUUUCUUAUUUGGGUUCUUUUCUUUCAAGUUCAAAAUUCAAAAAAAAAAAAAAACAAAGAACCUUUUGUGUUGAACAAAAGAGCAAAAGAGAGGGAUAAGCAAAAAGGAAAUGUGGGAUGUUUUCGUGGCUAGCAAGGAUAGUUUCAGCGUGCUUAAGACCAGUGAGAAGAUAUGCAAGAAUGAACAAGGAAGAUGAAAAUGGUUUGGAUGAUGAGUGUUCAACAAGUGAAGAUGCUCUUGUUUGGUGUAGGGACCUUGAGAAACACUCGUGUGGUGAAUUCUCUUUUGCUGUUGUUCAAGCUAAUGAAGUGAUUGAGGAUCAUAGUCAAGUUGAAACUGGUUCUGAUGCUGUUUUUGUUGGUAUUUAUGAUGGUCAUGGUGGUCCUGAUGCUUCUCGUUUCAUCAAUGAUCACCUCUUUCUUCAUCUCAUAAGGAUUGCUCAAGAAAAUGGUUCUAUAUCCGAAGACAUUAUAAGGAAUGCUGUUUCUGCUACUGAGGAUGGAUUUCUGACGCUUGUUCGAAGGAGCUACGGAAUAAAGCCGCUAAUAGCAUCAAUCGGUUCGUGUUGUCUUGUUGGGGUUAUUCGGAAAGGGACACUAUAUAUCGCGAAUCUUGGAGACUCUCGCGCUGUGAUCGGUUCAAUAUGUGGAUCUAACAAGAUCAUUGCUGAACAGUUGACAAGAGAGCACAAUGCCAGCAAAGAAGAUAUCAGAAGAGAACUCAGGUCUUUGCAUCCAGAAGAUUCACAAAUUGUUGUUAUGAAACAUGGAACAUGGCGCGUUAAAGGCAUCAUCCAGGUAUCAAGAUCUAUAGGAGAUGCAUAUUUGAAGCGUCCGGAGUUCUCCUUGGACCCUUCAUUCCCGCGGUUCCACUUGCCUGAUCCUAUCCGCCGACCGGUACUAACGGCAGAACCAUCUAUAUGCUCAAGAGUUUUACAGCCUAAUGAUAAAUUCGUUAUAUUUGCAUCUGACGGACUUUGGGAACAUAUGACAAAUCAGGAAGCUGCGGAGAUUGUUCAUAACAACCCCCGAACCGGGAUUGCUAGAAGACUUCUUCUGGCUGCUUUGAAUGAGGCAGCAAGGAAAAGGGAAAUGAGAUAUAAAGAUCUGCAGAAGGUUGAAAAGGGGAUUAGGCGUUUUUUCCACGACGAUAUCACAAUCGUUGUUGUCUUCUUUGACCAUGAGUUGCAAGAGAAGAAUGUUUUAGUUCCUGAGGUUUCUAUCAAAGGGUUUAUUGACACAGUUGGACCAUCAAAUUUUAGAAAUUUGCAUGAAAUGCAAUGAAUGAGUUUCAAGGUUGAUUUCUAGAACUAUAGCCAAAAAGGAAGCUAAGAAAAUUCAAUACUUUUUUUAGUCAUUUUUGCAGCAUCUAAUUGUUUUUUCUUUUUACCCUUUUUAAGUUUUAAAGUUCUUCCUUGCUUUACUUUCAAACAUUAUAUACCUUGUUUAUUGGAAAUACUUUUGCUGGUGAUAAAUGUGGGAAGCAAUGUUUUUCUUUGUUUGGAAGAUUCUAUUAGACUUUCCAGUGUGAUAAUACACUGUUAUACCUUGUUAGCUUGAAUAAUGUUGCUAAAAUAUACUUGCUUGCUUAAGCAACUUUGGAGAGUUUUUUCAAUUUGAGCUUGAA